UGCGUUCGGAGGUGACGGCGCUGUCUCGUUGUUUGUCGGGUGGAGGAGAACUUCACGGCGGCUACGGGUGUGGCUUCAAACGUGAUAAAUCUCAACGUGGGGAAAGAAUGCGUAACGGCAAUUGGAAUUUAAAAAACAUAUAAAACAGCAAAGAUAAAUAUCCUCUGAAAAGUAGUGAGUGUGUCUGGUAGCCUAACUGGCAGCAGGAACCCGUGUGCUCGGUUUUCAACAGCUGGAAUACUUUUUGUUUUUGUUUUCUUUUUCUGUUUCUUUUUGCUGAACUUCGUGGCCCGUUUUCGUGUUUAGCCUGCUCUGAUGGUCUGUUGUAGGAAAUACCGAAUUAGCUAAAAGCCAACCGUCCUCAGAAAGUUGCCUAAGCUGUUUUUUUCGGUCGCUGGACAACUUCUCCACGCUCACAAGAAACCACCAAUGCUGACCAACAUUACUUACUGAACAACCAGCGAGUCUUUGGGAGUUUCGUACAUUAGAUAUCCAAGUUCACCUCGCAGAAGGAAAUCUUGCUUUUAUGAUUUUCGUUCCCUGUCGCAGAUGAACGGACUCCGUCACGUUUGUCGCCACUCUUGAAAAAAGGGAAGUCGUCUUACUCAACUUCAACCCUUGUUUUUUUAAUAAGGGGUUUUCGGACUCAGCCGUAAAUUUUUUUUUUUUUACCCCAGGUGAUAUUUUCCCACUAAGCAGCAGACCUGAAGCGUGCACUAGGAACCAUGGGUUGUACAGUUAGUCAGGAAGAUAAAGCCGCGGCCGAGAGGUCUAAAAUGAUUGAUAAAAACCUGAGAGAAGAUGGAGAGAAGGCGGCGAGAGAAGUGAAACUGCUGCUGCUGGGUGCUGGAGAGUCGGGAAAGAGCACCAUUGUGAAGCAGAUGAAGAUUAUCCAUGAGGAUGGAUACUCAGAAGAUGAGUGUAAACAGUACAGAGCAGUUGUCUACAGCAACACAAUCCAGUCCAUUAUGGCCAUCAUCAAAGCCAUGGCCAACCUCAAGAUUGACUAUGAGGAAACUGCUAGAGCGGAUGAUGCCCGCCAACUGUUUGCUCUGUCAGCAGCAGCAGAGGAGCAGGGCAUCCUGCCAGAGGACCUGUCCAACGUCAUCCAACGACUGUGGGCCGACAGCGGCGUCCAGAGCUGCUUCACACGGGCCCGAGAGUACCAGCUCAACGACUCUGCAGCCUACUACUUAAAUGACCUGGAGAGGAUAGCCAAGCCAGAUUACAUCCCCACACAGCAAGAUGUGCUGCGGACUCGAGUCAAGACCACAGGCAUUGUGGAGACACAUUUCACCUUCAAGGACCUGCACUUCAAGAUGUUUGAUGUUGGCGGCCAGCGGUCAGAGAGGAAGAAGUGGAUCCACUGCUUCGAGGGAGUCACGGCCAUCAUCUUCUGUGUAGCCAUGAGCGCUUACGACCUGGUCCUGGCUGAGGACGAGGAGAUGAACCGGAUGCACGAGAGCAUGAAGCUGUUUGACUCCAUCUGCAACAACAAGUGGUUCACAGAGACGUCCAUCAUCCUCUUCCUCAACAAGAAGGAUCUGUUCGAGGAGAAGAUCGCCCACAGCCCUCUGACCAUCUGCUUCCCUGAGUACACUGGCCCUAACAAGUACGAGGAGGCCCAGGCUUACAUCCAGACCAAAUUCGAGGACCUGAACAAGAAGAAGGACACCAAGGAAAUCUACACCCACUUCACCUGCGCCACCGACACCAAGAACGUGCAGUUUGUGUUUGAUGCUGUCACCGAUGUCAUCAUCAAGAACAACCUGAAGGACUGUGGCCUCUUCUAAAAUCACAUCUGAGAAAGAGUCAAGAUUACUUGAACAGUUCUGAUGACCAUAAAGAUGGGGGAAUAUACACACAUCAUGAAUGACUGCACUGGCCAACCACAAUUUCUGCUUUGAUCUGCUUUUUAUAAAGACACCUAAGAGACAGAAAACUCAACGAGCCCUGCAGAAUUUCAAUGAUUGCUGAUUCAGUUGCUCGUAUUGUUAACUCUUUGGGCUAUGACCACGAAAAAAAAAUCAACAUUUAUUUUGUAUUUUUGUUCAUUAUUUCAUGUUUAUUUUCAAUUACUAGAGGAGGCAAAGGAAAACUUUUUUAUAUAAAUGCAUUCAUUUUACUUUUAGAGAUUCUGAUGUGCAAAUUAUUAAACUUUUAAUCACAUGAAGCUUAUUUUUUAAGAGAUGAAGCACAGGCAUGGACAGAAAAUAUGAUUGAUAAAGGAAAGUGCUUUUUUUUAUAAUGUUUACAUAAGUUUGUCAUUCAUAGCCAAACCGCAUAUUGUUCUGCAUGACUCAACAUGGCAAAUAUUAGCUCUGUAAUCUGCACAAAUUAUCUAACAUUCCUACAAAAUAAAAAAAAAAAUAUUAAAAGGUUAAAAAAGAAAAAAAAUGGCUUCACAUGCAGGCAGAAAUUAAAUUCUAACUGAUAUUUAAAGUAUGUGUGUACCUAACAUUCUAUCACUUUUUAUAGUACCUUUACCAUGUCUGUUGCAGUAUGUUUGUGCCUUGACUUCUGUUUACAACCAAUUCCUAGAUAUGCUUUCAGUACUGUCUGACCUACUGUGCGCCUAUAUUUUCUUCCGUUCUUCUGCCUAGCACCUAUGAAUAUAUAGUGAUUAUUAAUGAGAGACGAAAAUCUAAUUCAGAAAAAGGUUAGUGUUUUUGGUAAAUAUUAAAAUGCUUUAAAAGUCCUAUAUGAUUUAAUUUAAAUAAAAGUAGAGAUCACCUGAAUCUUGCA